GAAAGCUUAAUGAUGGAGCGACAUUUUGAAGUAAUGAGAGAUGUUUAGGAAGCUCUCAAAGCUGAUCUGUAUCCUUGCAAUAAGAAGUAAAGUCAUCUGUUGAUAAAAAUAAUGAGUAACAUUUGCUUACCUUGGACCAGGGACUGUGCUAAGUGGUUUACGUAUGUUAGCUUGUUAUUUCUCUGCAACGAUUCCAUAGAGAAGGGACUAUUACUAUCCCAGUUUAACAAGUGAGGAAACUGAAGCUCAAAGAAGUUGCAUAAUGGACCCAGGGUCAAAGUGACAGGAAAGGAAGAACAGGUCUCUAACCGGGUGGGAUGCGAUGGGUAGAGAAUGGGGUUGGCUUAGUUCAACUACAUUAUGAAUGUUAUUGGGGGGGAUGGUGGCAAAGCUGAAAAAAGGGAACAUGAAAUGGAAACUUCCUCCAGCAAGAAAAUAAAUGCAGACAUAAGACUGGUAAGUGUAGAGAGAGUUGUCCUGAAUGGGAAUUACCGUGGAGACAAGCCGUGGAUACUUGGCCCUGAUCCAAUGAAGGGCAGAACUCAUGUGUGAAAACAAAAGCCAACUACACAAAGCAGUGACUUGAAAGGGUCUGGAUUCAAAUUCUGUUUCUCCGUUCUGCUGGCAGAUUUAUUUUCCUUUCAAAUGCUCCUGUGCUGUCAGCACGUGGGAGGGACAGCCUGACUGAAAAGGUAGGAGGAAAGUAGCUACAGGGAGGUUCUUGGUCCAGUAUAAAGGGCUGUAAUCACUCUCAGCAGACAGGGGACAGAAUGGCAUUCGACACUUGGCAGGAAAAUUCAGGAGGUGCCAGCUUCCUGCCUGCUGGCUGCGUGGAGUGGGGCCAGGGGUGUUGCGGGUCUGCUGGGGAAGGGCUCCAUUUGACAGUGAGGUCAGAGCGAACACAACAGCUCCUUCUUGGUGAAGAAUGCCCGGCAACUUCCGGUGCCGCUGCAGCUGCGUGGGACUCACUCACCCUGAACCGUCAGAGCCAGAUAUUAUUUUCUACUCUCUCUUGUCAGAUACUGACUCCCACGCAGGAAAAAGGAAGCACCUUUUGUCAGAUGCUGCGGCCACUUCCUCUGCAGAAUGCUCCAGCCAAUCUUUCGCUUCGUAGAAUGAGGGGGCCGACCCGGCUGCCGGACUGUGCGCGCUGGGCCUCUGGGUCUCGCCUCCUUCUCGGUCUCGGUCCGUCUUCCUUUGUGGGUCGCUGAGGACUUUCUCUGAUACAGAUCUGGACCCUUGAGCCGGACCUGGCGGGGGCCCCACCCGCCGCUCAGCCCCCUCGGGGGUUCCUCUCUCGCCUCCCCGCCCACUCUUUGCACACUGCUUCAUGUCCCUCAGUCAGUCCGCCUGUCUGUUCCUCUCCAUAGCUCGGUCAAGGAGUGUUAUGACCGGCGAGCAGAUGGCGGCUUUUCACCAGUCGUCCACUCCCAACCCGCUGGAAAGGCCUAUCAAGAUGGGCUGGCUGAAGAAACAGAGGUCCAUCGUGAAAAACUGGCAGCAGAGGUACUUCGUGCUGAGGGCGCAGCAGCUUUACUACUACAAGGACGAAGAAGACGUGAAGCCACAGGGUUAUAUGUAUCUACCAGGAAGUACUAUCAAAGAGAUUGCCACAAACCCAGAAGAAGCGGGGAAGUUUGUCUUUGAAGUCAUUCCAGCCUCAUGGGACCAGAGUCGCACGGGACAGGACUCUUACAUCCUCAUGGCCAGCUCCCAGGCAGAGAUGGAGGAGUGGGUUAAAUUCCUUAGGAGAGUCGCUGGCACGCCCUCUGGAGCCGUGUUCGGCCAGCGUUUGGAUGAGACUGUGGCCUAUGAGCAGAAGUUUGGCCCCCACUUGGUGCCCAUCCUGGUGGAGAAGUGUGCAGAGUUCAUCCUUGAGCACGGCCUGAAUGAAGAAGGCAUCUUCCGACUGCCUGGGCAGGACAAUCUAGUGAAGCAGCUCAGAGAUGCUUUUGACGCUGGGGAGCGGCCCUCUUUUGACAGAGAUACAGAUGUGCACACAGUGGCCUCCCUGUUAAAGCUCUACCUCCGAGACCUCCCAGAGCCCGUGAUUCCCUGGAGCCAGUAUGAGGGGUUUUUACUCUGCGGACAGCUCAUGAAUGCAGAUGAAGCAAAGGCUCAGCAGGAGUUGAUGAAGCAGCUCUCCAUCCUUCCUCAAGACAACUACAGCCUCUUGAGCUACAUUUGCAGGUUCCUACAUGAAAUCCAGCUGAACUGUGCUGUUAACAAGAUGAGCGUGGAUAAUCUGGCUACUGUGAUUGGUGUGAAUCUCAUCAGGUCGAAGGUAGAAGACCCUGCUGUGAUCAUGAAAGGUACUCCUCAGAUCCAAAGAGUAAUGACCAUGAUGAUCAGAGACCAUGAAGUCCUCUUCCCCAAGUCCAAGGAUGCACCUCUGUCACCCCCAGCCCAGAAAAAUGACCCCAAGAAACCUCCAGUGGCUCGAAGCUCUGUGGGCUGGGAUGCCACUGAAGAUGCCCCAAUUUCUAGGACAGACAGCUUCAGUAACAUGACUAAAGACUCAGAAGCAACCAGCCCCACUGGACAACAGCCGAAUGACGGGUGUCUAGGAGAUGGUAGUAAACCCCCCAGGGAAAAGCCAGGAGAUUGGAAGCUGCAGUCACGAAAAAGGACUCAGACGCUCCCUAACCGGAAGUGCUUCUUGACAGCAGCUUUUCAAGGCGCCAACAGCAACAAAGUGGAGAUCUUUAAAAAUGAGUUCUGGUCACCUUCUUCAGAGGUGAAGGCAGAGGAAGGGCAUAGGAGAACACUGUCUCAAGGUGUGCCAAACUUUUCCGACAUCCAGAGGACUUCCACCUAUGAUAAUGUCCCUACCCUGCCGGGGUCCCCUGGAAAUGAAGCAGGUGCAGUUUCUUUCCAUGCCUGUGACUCAAAAAAAGAUACUCUUGCUAGCCCAAGCUCUGAAACUGGGCCUGGGACAAAGAACUCUGGAGAAGAAGAACUUGAAUCUUUGCAAAGGAUGGUUCAGGAGCUGCAAAAGGAAAUAGAAACACAGAAGAAAAUGUAUGAAGAACAGAUUAAAAACCUCGAGAAGGAAAAUUACGAUGUCUGGGCUAAGGUGGUGAGGCUCAGUGAAGAACUGGAGAAGGAGAAGAAGAACUCUGCAGCCUUGGAAAUCAGCCUCCGCAAUGUGGAGCGCUGCCGGGAGGAUGUUGAGAGGAGGAACAAGGCCUUGGAGGAAGAAGUCAAGGAAUUUGUCAAAUCGAUGAAGGAGCCCAAGACUGAUGCCUGAGGGUCCCAAGAGUACUGCAGAAGCAGGCCACAAAUGCCCAACACUUCUCCCUUUCUCCUUGCUACCUGACGACUGGGAAGCAAAAUCACUCCCUAAGAGGAGAGCACAUUUUGUGGGAAAACGUCAUAUUUCCCAGUCAAUAAAUCAGUGGGAUUUGUGGGAAGAUAAAGGUGAGCGGGGACAUAUGUGGACAUCUAUGACUGCUUGUGGCUUUAUUCAGAAUUGCAUUAUUCCACUGUGGUCUCAGGCUGAGUGAAAUGGAACCUCCCAUGGCUGGAUGGCUAUGUCCAGUGGAGCCAUUUGAGGCAGGCUACAUCCCAGGAGCCAGGCAACAGGCUGUCCCCAACAGAGACUGGACUGAGGCUUAGUUCUUGCUGUGUGGAACAACCCACCGCGUCAAACGAUCUCAGGGCAUCUCUGAGACAUGGGCUGAAAAUGAUCUUCGGCUUUUAAGUGUCUUGAGGGGCCACACCUGCUGAAACCAGAGGCCCAUUCUACCACUCCCACGAUGAUUCGCACUCUUCGGGGAUUGGACAUUCAAAAAUAUUAUUCGACUAAGAGAAAACAAGCAAUAAACUGUAUUUAUGAAAACA